AUGAAGGUCAAGACAAGACUGAGUGUGAAGAAAGCUCUAGAUAAUAGAUACAGCAUCUGCAAGGACCUGAAGCAGAAUGAGCUAAAUAGGUUUAAAAGCAAGAAAGCAAACCAACUGUGGCUAGAACUUGUCUCAACAGGCAUUUUAAAUUGCUGUAUGGCAUAUAAUGUUGGUCUCCUAGAAGCAAAGAUAUUUUCUGGUCCUUCAAGUGGACAGUUUGGCUAUGCAGUGCAACAGUUUAUAAAUCCAGACGGCAACUGGUUGCUCGUUGGUUCACCUUGGAGUGGCUUCCCUGACAACCGAAUGGGAGAUGUGUAUAAAUGUCCAGUUGAUUUGCCCUCUGAUUCAUGUGAAAAACUGAAUUUGCAAACUUUCACGACCAUUCCCAAUGUUACGGAGAUGAAAACCAACAUGAACCUUGGCUUGACACUCACAAGGAAUGUGGGGACUGGAGGAUUUCUCACCUGUGGUCCCCUGUGGGCACACCAGUGCGGAAAUCAGUAUUACACAACUGGUGUGUGUUCCGACGUGAGUCCUAAUUUUCAGCUCCUGGCAAGCUUUUCACCUGCAGUUCAGAAUUGCCCUUCCCUCAUAGAUGUUGUGGUCGUAUGUGAUGAAUCCAACAGUAUUUAUCCCUGGGAAGCAGUGAAGAAUUUUUUGGAAAAAUUUGUGAGUGGCCUAGAUAUAGGCCCCAAAAAGACACAGGUGGGGUUAAUCCAGUAUGCCAAUAAUCCAAGAGUUAUAUUUAACUUGAACACCUACAAAACCAAAGAUGAAAUGAUUAAAGCAACAUCCCGGACAAAACAACUUGGUGGGGACCUCACGAAUACAUUCAAAGCAAUUGAAUAUGCGAGAGACCGUGCAUAUUCAGCUGAGUUUGGGGGAAGACCAAGUGCUACCAAAGUUAUGGUGGUUGUGACUGAUGGAGAAUCGCAUGAUGGUUCACAUCUAAAAUCUGUGAUUGAUAAGUGUAAUGAUGACAACAUUCUGAGGUUUGGCAUAGCAGUCCUUGGGUAUUUAAACAGGAACGCCCUUGAUACUAAAAAUUUAAUAAAGGAAAUCAAGGCAAUUGCCAGUAAUCCAACUGAAAGGUACUUUUACAAUGUGUCUGAUGAGGCAGCUCUGUUGGAAAAGGCUGGGACAUUAGGAGAACAAAUUUUCAGCAUUGAAGGUACUGUUCAAGGGGGAGAGAAGUUCCAGAUGGAAAUGUCACAAGUGGGAUUCAGCGCAGAUUACUCUCCUCAAAAUGACAUUCUGAUGUUGGGUGCAGUAGGGGCUUACGACUGGAGUGGGACUAUUGUCCAGAAGAAAACCCAUGAGCAGUUCAUUUUUCCUAAACAAGACUUUGACCAAAUUCUGCAAGAUAGAAAUCACAGCUCAUAUUUGGGUUAUUCUGUGGCUGCAAUCUCUACUGGAAAAGGUGUUCACUUUGUUGCAGGGGCUCCUCGGGCAAAUUAUACUGGCCAGAUAGUGCUGUACAGUGUUAAUGAGAAAGGCAAUGUGUCAGUUAUUCAGGCUCACAGAGGUGAUCAGAUUGGUUCCUACUUUGGGAGUGUACUGUGUUCAGUUGAUGUGGAUAAAGACAGUAUUACAGAUGUGCUCUUAGUAGGGGCACCAAUGUUCAUGAAUGAUCUAAAGAAAGAGGAAGGGAGAGUCUACAUGUUUAUUAUCUCAAAGGGCAUUUUGAAUUGGCACCAAUUUCUUGAAGGCCCUGAAGGUAUAGAAAAUUCCCGGUUUGGUUCAGCCAUUGCUGCUGUUUCAGAUAUAAAUAUGGAUGGCUUUAAUGAUGUGAUAGUUGGAUCACCUUUGGAAAACCAGAACUCUGGAGCUGUUUACAUCUACAAUGGUCAUGAACGCACCAUUCGCUUGAAGUACUCCCAGAAAAUCCUAGGGUCUGAUGUCACCUUUCAAAACCAUCUCCAGUUUUUUGGGAGAUCCUUAGAUGGCUAUGGAGAUUUAAAUGGAGAUUCCAUCCCUGAUGUGUCCAUUGGCGCCUUUGGACAAGUGGUCCAGCUCUGGUCACAGAGCAUUGCUGAUGUAUCUGUCAAAGCUUCAUUCACACCAGAAAAAAUCAUUUUGGUCAACAAGAACGUUGAUAUAAAUCUCAAACUUUGCUUCAGUGCUAAGUUUAGACCUACUGAGCCAAAUGGUCAAGUGGCCAUUAAGUAUAACAUCACAAUAGAUGCAGAUCAGUAUUCAUCCAGAGUCACAUCCAGGGGACUAUUUAAAGAAAAUAAUGAGAGGUUCCUGCAGAAAACUUUGAUGGUACGCCAAGCCCAGACUUGUUCUGAGUUCAUCAUCCACAUACAGGAGCCCUCUGAUGUUAUCAGCCCAAUGGAUCUGUGCGUGAACGUCAGCCUGGCAAACCCAGGCACCAGCCCUGCUCUUGAAGCCUAUUCGGAGCCAACCAAGGUCUUCAGCAUCCCUUUCCAUAAGGACUGUGGAGAUGAUGGACUUUGCAUUUCUGAUCUAGUUUUAGACGUCCAGCAGCUGUCAGCUACUCAAGAACAGCCCUUUAUUGUCAGCAACAAAAACAAGAGGUUAACAUUUUUAGUGACACUGACAAACAAAAAGGAGAGUGCAUACAACACUAGGAUUGUUGUUGACUUCUCAGACAACUUGUUUUUUGCUUCCUGGACCAUGUCGACUGAUGGGACAGAAAUACGAUGCCAGGUUGCUUCUGCCCAGAAAUCAGUUGCCUGUGAUGUUGGCUACCCUGCUUUGCAUCCAAAACAACAGGUGACUUUUACUAUUAACUUUGACUUCAAUCUUCAAAUUCUUCAGAAUCAGACAUCUGUCAGUUUCCAAGCCUUAAGUGAAAGCCAUGAAGAAAAUGAGUCCGAUAACAGGGUUGACUUCAGACUUCCUCUACUGUAUGAUGCUGAAAUUCACAUCACAAGAUUCAUCAACAUAAAUUUUUAUGAAGUCUCAGAUGAGAAUGUUCCUUCUCUGGUACACAGUUUGGAAGAUAUUGGUCCCAAAUUCAUCUUUUCCAUUAAGGUAACGACAGGAAGCAUCCCAGUAAGCAUGGCAUCUGUGAAAAUCUACAUUCCUCAGUUCACUAAGGAGAAGAACCCACUAAUGUACCUGACUGGCAUUCACACAGAUAAAGCUGGUGACAUCACCUGUGAUGCAAAGAUAAACCCACUAGAAAUUGGACAAAGAUCUUCUUCUGUAUCUUUCAAGAGUGAAAAUUUCUGGCACAUAAAUGACUUGAACUGCACAACUGCUUCCUGUAGUAAAUUUACCUGCUGGCUGAAAGACCUUCAGGUAAAGGGAGAAUACUUCCUGAAUGUGUCGACUAGAAUUUGGAAUGGGACAUUUGCAGCAUCAACCUUCCAGACGGUCCAGCUGACGGCAGCUGCAGAAAUUGACACCUACAACCCUCAAAUAUAUGUGAUCGAAGAAAACGCCGUCACGAUUCCCCUCACUAUAAUGAAACCCCAUGAGAAAGCUGAAGUACCAACUGGAGUCAUAGUUGGGAGUAUAAUUGCUGGACUUCUUUUGCUCUUGGUUCUGGUUGUAAUUUUAUGGAAGCUUGGCUUCUUCAAAAGGAAGUAUGAAAAGAUGAUGAAAAAUGCAGAUGAGAUUGACGAGGCCACAGAACUCAACAGCUAA